AUGGCAGUUCCAGCGUCGCAUGAGCCCCAGGCCGCCAUGGAAGACAUCCACGGUGUCGACGUUUCAUGGUUGCACCACUCUAGCAAAGACCACCACCACCACCGCCAGCAGGCGCCCUCGUCGCCGGGACUCAAUGGCGAUGUGCGCCCCAGGACCUCCUCGCGCAGCGGCCUGCCCGCCCGCCCGCUGUUCGCAGAGAAGGCCGCCCCCGAGCCCGCCCCAGCCGUGAAGCCGCCCUCGCCACCGCCGCCUGCCACUGUUGCUGCCCCGCCUGCGACGUCGCCCCCGCACAAGGGCCACAUCAAGCGCCCGUCGCUGCUGAGCCGGACCAGCUCGGAAAAGGUACCCACGCCCGCGGCUGCGACGGGCUCGCGACGCAACUCGUGGAUGUCCAGCAUCAGCUCCAAGUUCUCGUCGCAGAACCCGCCCGCCCAGACGACACACGCGCAAGCCCAGGGCGCGCCUGCCAGCACCCAGGGCGCGAAUCCCACCACGCCCUCGGCUAAUGGCGCGCUGAACGGCAUACAUUCAGCCGCAGGGGGCAGCCACCACUUCGGCGCCUUUGUGCCCCAGUCGCCAAAGAGCAACUUCCUGUCCAGCGCGCUGCGUCGUCUGUCCUCGGGCACACAGGUCGCCUCCUCCAGCCAAGUCCUCACCAACGGUGGCAUAUGUCCGAGGCGAGUCUUGAACGUCGAUCCCAACCGGACCCGCUGCCAUGUGCCCGAGCUGGACCAGAACAAGUUGCGCAAGGUGGCCUUCUGCGUCGACGUCGAGAUUGCGUGCGGGCCGAAGUACGCCAAGGACGCAGAUCCGGACGAGAAAAGGCAGCGCGACGACAACAAGCUGAAAGAACGUGGCGAAGGCGAGGCGCUGAAGAACCCCCACAGCGUGGCCCAAGAAAAGGACACAAAUGGCGUCGUCAACGUCUCUCAGGAAGCCGUGGGCAACGAGUCCAGCCCAAAUCCAGAGGGCACAAUACUGCACGAAGACGGUAGUGAGACCAACAAAAAGAAGGAAAAGAAGAAGCGUUCCGAGGCUGAGCGGAAGGAGAGGAAGGAGAAGAAGCGCAGAAAGGCCGAGGAGAACGGCACCAUUCCCAUGGAGCUCACGAGGGACGACGACGAUAGUAGUGUCGAUGUUGCGCCUGCCGAACCUCGCACCGCUGCUCCCAAAGUUCAGGUUCGACCAACCAUCGACCCUCUACGCAUUUAUCGAAGAUGUUGCCAGCUUCGCGAAUCGCCCAUUCUGAAGCGCAUCAGUGACCAGCUCUCCAACCCGUCCGCGUGCUCAGCAGGCGAAGUCAACCUUCUAGAUCUCACAGGCUCGAGGCUGCAACUUGCUGAUAUAGUAACUCUCUCGGACUGGCUCGCCAUUGUGCCAGUGAAGAAGCUCUUCUUGGAAGAUGCAGACUUGACUGACGAGAAGAUCAGGGUCGUUCUCGCAGGGUUAUUAGCAGCCAAAGAUCCCCAGUCUCCAAGAAAAAGUGUUUCCAUGGAAGCCAGGGACGGGAAGAGACAGACCAUGGGUAACCAGGAUGGAUGCGCCAUCAAGAAACUCGUCCUGAAGAACAACCCCAAGAUUACGUCGGAAGGCUGGAAACACAUCACUUUGUUCAUUUACAUGUGCAGAUCUAUUCUGGCGCUCGAUGUUUCCAUGAUACCCUUUCCCAAACCACAACCACAGACGACCCCGGCGCCUAGCAACGGGGAGCAAGGCUCAGCAGAUACAGCAGAGUCACACCCACGAGAUCUAGCAGAGGUUAUGUGUAGGAGUAUCUCUCAACGAGUGGCCGGUUCCCGUCUCGAGGAACUUGUCAUGGCUGAGUGCGCUCUCACAUCCUCAACCGUCAAGAGCAUUCUCGAAGGUUGUAUCAACACGGGUAUCAAACGGGUUGGCCUUGCUGGAAACGACCUUGACAGUGAAGGCCUGGAACAUGUCUUAAACUACAUAAAAUCUGGGAUCUGCGAAGGCAUCGAUCUUGGCGGUAACGACCUCCGCCAAUGGAUACAGCAACUUUGUGACAAUCUGCCAAAGAACAGUCCACUUUGGGCGCUGUGUCUCCAAGACACAGGCAUGACACCCGACUCCCUCAAGAUACUGUUUCCUAAGCUUGUUUCCCUACCGGUAUUUCGAUUCUUGGACCUGUCGCAUAACAAAGGUCUUUUCUCCCACCAGACGUCAUUAUGUCUUCUUAGGAAAUACAUGCCUCAACUCCGAGAGCUGAAACGGAUACACUUAGUGGAUGUCGAUCUGAAACCUGCUGAUGCAAUCGCUAUCGCAGAGAUUAUUCCAGACUGCCCGCACAUUGCACAUCUCAACAUCUUGGAAAACCCCGAAAUAUCUCGUGUUGCGAGAUCCGAAGAUGAGGAGACGCAAGAAGAAGCCGCUGCGUUGUAUGCCUCGCUCACACUGGCUGCAAAAAUAUCUCGGUCACUUGUCUGCGUCGAUGUAGACGUACCGACUCCAGAGAUGGGUGAAGUCGUGCGGGCUCUUGCCAAACAAGUCGUGGCCUACUGUCUCCGGAAUAUCGAAUCCAUCAACCUAUAUCCUGAGCUUCCAGCAGUACCAAAGGAUGUGGAGAUACCGGACAUCCUUAUGCACUUGGUAGGGGAGAAGGACGAUUACGUAAAGACACCUGCGUCAGACAACGAUUACAUCGUCGGCGGCACUGGCAUUGCGAAGGCUCUCAGCUAUUGCUUGUCCCAAAAAGACACAGAUUACCGCAGAGUGUCUGUUCCUACAAGUGGCGCAAACACACCACGCAGCAGAACCGAGCUAAACUCUGAAGCGCCAAGCAGGGCAAGAACCAUGUCCAAGACGUUGCUCGACACUGCGCGAAACACUCGCGCGAGAAUCCAGCCAACUUUGCACCGCGAGGCUCAAGGAGGCGACGUAAUAGCAUACCGCCGUCUUCUCUUCCUCGACCAAACCCUCGAAGGCAUGAUCCAACGCUUCGAAGACGAGUACCCGGAAACCCGCAUCCCCCACUCCGACUCCGCCUCCACGCACAGCGUCAGCUCCGUGCUCAGCUCCUCCCCGCCCGCCUCCACCGUCGCCACCCUCUCCAACAGCGUAAACCUCUACCCCGAAUCCGACGAAGACGAACCGCACCUCCUACGCUCGCGCCACAACUCCGACGUCAGCCUCGCAUCCCGCAACAUGGCCCUCGAAGAAGGCCGUCUACACCGCUUCGGCCACCGCGUCCGCACAAACAUCCUCAACUCGUCGCGCCCCUCGUCGCCGUCCCCCUCCUCCCUACCAGGCGGCCGCUCCCCCGCUCCCCCACCGGAAAACUCCACAGAAGGCGUGCCAGAGCAUCUGCAUGCUAUGCGCGAGUACUUUAGCAAUCUGAGCGGCGAGGAGCUCACGCAGAUGACCGAGGGCGUGGGCUGGGAUAAGGCGUUUGAGAAGUUGGUGCAGAAUGUUGGUGAGCUGAGGGAGUUGGAACGUCAUGAGGAUCCGGUGUCGUUUAAGAGGUUCAUGGAUAGUCAGAUUGCGGCGCUGAGGAAUCGGAAUCCGGAUAUUUGUCCGGAGGAACCGAGGGGUAGCGCGAGGGGGGAUGAGGUUGCUGUGGAGGAUUGA